CACUCACCAGCGGACAACAUGGCUUGCAAGGUGAUAAUUUUCGUGGCGGCUCUGUCGCUGGCCCAGGCCGGUUACCUGGGAGCACCUGCAGUCCUCGCCCCCGCCGCCCCCAUCGCUAGGGCCUACGCCCCCGCUAUCGCCGCCGCCCCCAUCGCAAGGGCAUAUGCCCCAGCCAUCGCUGCCGCCCCUAUCGCCAGAGCUUACGCUCCAGCGAUCGCAGCUGCCCCCGCCAUCCGCGCCGCACCCGUCGCCGUGGCCGCCGCCGCCCCCGCCGCCGUCGCUGCCGAGUACGACCCACACCCAGAGUACAGCUUCGCCUACAACGUCCAGGACGCGCUGACGGGCGACUCCAAGAGCCAGCACGAGAGCCGCAGCGGUGACGUCGUCCAGGGCAGCUACAGCCUGGCCGAGCCCGAUGGCUCCAUCCGCACCGUCGACUACACCGCUGACCCCGUGAACGGCUUCAACGCCGUCGUGCACAAGGAGGCCGGCGCCCAUCCCGCCGUUGCUGCCGCCCCCGCCCGUGUGGCCGUCGCCGCCCCCGCCAUCGCCGCCGCGCCAGCGCUGGCGUACGGUGCCGGCCUCGGCUACGGUUAUGCUAGAGCAGCCUACGCCGCCCCCGCCAUUGCCGCCGCCCCCAUUGCUAGGGCAGCCUACGCCGCCCCCGCCAUCGCCGCUGCCCCUAUCGCCAGGGCUGCCUACGCCGCCCCCAUCGCUAGGGCUGCCAUUGCUGGACCCGCUCUGGCUUAUGGAGGAUACGGAUACGGUGGUUUGGGAUAUGGCAAGGCUAUUCUUGGGACCGGUGCUGAGGUUGCGGCAGCACUUCUCGAGUGGUUCCUGUCAGACGAGAUUGCCGCCGAGAGCCGUGGACCAGUAUAUAAGCGGCGGCCGCCGGCUGUCACCGCACACGGCCUCCAGCACUCACCAGCGGACAACAUGGCUUGCAAGGUGAUAAUUUUCGUGGCAGCUCUGUCGCUGGCCCACGCCGGUUACCUGGGAGCACCUGCAGUCCUCGCCCCCGCCGCCCCCAUCGCUAGGGCCUACGGCCCCGCUAUCGCCGCCGCCCCCAUCGCAAGGGCAUAUGCCCCAGCUAUCGCUGCCGCCCCUAUCGCCAGAGCUUACGCUCCAGCGAUCGCAGCUGCCCCCGCCAUCCGCGCCGCACCCGUCGCCGUGGCCGCCGCCGCCCCCGCCGCCGUCGCUGCCGAGUACGACCCUCACCCAGAGUACAGCUUCGCCUACAACGUCCAGGACGCGCUGACGGGCGACUCCAAGAGCCAGCACGAGAGCCGCAGCGGUGACGUCGUCCAGGGCAGCUACAGCCUGGCCGAGCCCGACGGUUCCAUCCGCACCGUCGACUACACUGCCGACCCCGUGAACGGCUUCAACGCCGUCGUGCACAAGGAGGCCGGCGCCCAUCCCGCCGUUGCCGCCGCCCCCGCCCGUGUGGCCGUCGCCGCCCCCGCCAUCGCGGCCGCCCCAGCACUGGCGUACGGUGCCGGCCUCGGCUACGGUUAUGCUAGAGCAGCCUACGCCGCCCCCGCCAUUGCCGCCGCCCCCAUUGCUAGGGCAGCCUACGCCGCCCCCGCCAUCGCCGCUGCCCCUAUCGCCAGGGCUGCCUACGCCGCCCCCAUCGCUAGGGCGGCCAUUGCUGGACCCGCUCUGGCUUAUGGAGGAUACGGAUACGGUGGUUUGGGAUAUGGCAAGGCUAUUCUUGGGUAAACGCUAAUGUACAAACUAUUCAUUCGCAUUUUUGCGAAUGUUUCUGUUAUUCUACACUUUCUGUGUAACAAAGUCUGAUAUGUAAAUAAACCUCUGUUCACUUUAAA